AUGGCGGACCCGAUGCAAGUCGACAACCAACCCCAGGGCGCUCAGCCGCGCUCGACGAGCCCUCUAGCAUUCCCCUCGAGCGAGAGGGACGCGCAAGAGUCCCCGCGUAGGCCGGCGGGCAUCGACCAGCUGCGCUCGUCUGGCACGGGCGUCCGUUCGUCCUCGCCCCUUGCCUUCCCCUCUUCGUCUGCGUCGCGUCCCGCCGCAUCGAACAACCGCCCUCUCUUCGCUCCCUCAGGUCUCUCCUCCGAUGCAGGUCUCGGAAGUGGAGCGGCUGGCAGUGCAGGAGCACGUGGUGGACGCGACGACUCUCCUCUCUUCUUUCCUGGAUCCGACUUCGGCUCCCCAACCCCUCGCCGCAACCACCGCGGAGACAUUCACUCCGCCGCUCCUCCGACGCCCUCGAACCGCUCGAGCGCGAGGCGUGCGGCAGCCGGAGCGAACGGCGGGAUGCCCCCUUCGACCGCUGGCGCAGGAUCCGAACUCGGAUUCCCCUCUUCAUCCGCUGCUUCCCGUUCUUCUCGUCGUCGCGCCAACGGCGGAGGUGGCGGCGGCGGAGACGGUCCAUCUUCGAACGCGGGCGGGAUGACGGACGGCGAAGACGAGGACGAGGACGACGAUGGACUCGUGACGGUGCUUUGGGGAACGACGGUCACGAUUGGAGCGUCGAUGAAGGCUUUCGAGUGGUUUCUAAAAGACUUCACGUGCGGUGAUAGGCAGGGUUUCGACCCGUGGAGGCUCGAGCAGGCCCGCAAGAAGCGCACUGAGCUCGAGACCAAGAUGAGCGAGGCUCACCUGCGCGGCGAGCUCGACACGGUCGCCAUGCUCCGAGGCCAACUCGCGAAAGUCCCCCUCGACUCAGACAUCGAAUUUGCCUACGCCAAAGAACCUCCUCACAAGAAGCUCUACCAAUCCUACCUUGAGCGCAUGCGCGACACGGGCCAAACGAACCUCAACCUCGAUGUCGUCGACCUCCUCGCUUUCUGCUGGCGCGAGACGCAGGCGCGCGAGGGAGGCGCACGGACGCGCGAAGACCGCGAGUAUGCGCAACUGUAUCGCAACUUCCUCCUCUACCCGCAAGAGUUGGUCCCGAUCCUGGAUCAGCAGCUCAAGGACUCGGCGCUCGAGUGGGCUUGUGCAGAGGAGAACUUGGGCGAGGGACCGAUGAGGUUGGAGAAUGAGCAGCGCGCGAGGGAGAUGCAUGGUGCGGUGUUCAAGGUGCGCCCGUACGCGGGCGAGAACAAGGUCAACAUGCGCGACCUCAACCCGCAAGACAUCGACAAGAUCGUUUGCAUCAAGGGUCUCGUCAUUCGCGCGACGCCCAUCAUCCCCGAUAUGAAGCUGGCCUUCUUCCGCUGCAACGCCUGCUCGCACACCGUCACCGUCGAGAUCGACCGCGGCAAGAUCGCCGAGCCCGACCGGUGCCCUCGCGACGUCUGCAACGUCCAGGGCUCGAUGCUCCUCGUGCACAACCGUUGCGAGUUCGCCGACCGCCAGAUCGUCCGUCUGCAAGAGACGCCCGACUCGGUGCCGGAUGGCCAGACGCCGCACACCGUCUCGCUUGGACUGUACGACGAGCUCGUCGAUACUGUCAAGCCCGGUGACCGCGUUACGGUGACCGGUAUUUUCCGCUCCGUUCCGGUCCGCCUCAACCCCCGCCAGCGCGUCAUCAAGAGUCUGUUCAAGACGUAUAUCGACGUCUUGCAUGUCAAGAAGACGGACAAGCGGCGUAUGGGCGUCGAUGGAUCGACUCGUUCGGCCGACGACAGGCGCGGAGUUGUUGGCGUCGGCAUGGAGGACGAGACUGAGCGUCCUGGGCUGUUGCGCGACGACGACGACGAGGACGACUUGUACGGCGACGACGCGCAGAACGAAGACGAACGUCGCGCCUCGACUCACGCGCGGAUCAAGGAGAAACUCGUCGAGAUCUCGCGCCGACCGGAUAUCUACGACUACCUUGCGAGGAGUCUGGCGCCGAGUAUCUACGAGAUGGACGACGUCAAGAAGGGGAUUCUCUUGCAGCUCUUUGGAGGGACGAACAAGAGUAUCGCCAAGGGUGGAGGAGCGGGAGGGCCGAGGUACCGCGGCGACAUCAACGUUUUGCUCGUUGGUGACCCCGGUACGAGUAAGAGUCAGAUCUUGCAGUACGUCCACAAGAUCGCGCCUCGCGGCGUUUACACCUCGGGCAAGGGUUCGUCCGCUGUCGGCUUAACGGCGUACGUGACCCGCGACCCCGACUCGAAGCAACUCGUCCUCGAAUCAGGCGCUCUCGUCCUCUCUGACGGCGGUGUGUGCUGCAUCGACGAGUUUGACAAGAUGUCGGACGCGACGAGGAGUGUUUUGCACGAGGUCAUGGAGCAACAAACCGUCUCGAUCGCCAAGGCGGGCAUCAUCACGACCCUCAACGCACGCACGUCCAUCCUCGCUGCCGCCAACCCCGUCGGCUCGAAGUACAACCUCAAGUGGCCCAUCACGCGCAACAUCGACCUCCCGCCAACGCUCAUCUCGCGUUUCGACCUCCUCUACCUCGUCCUGGACAAGAUUGACGAGCGGAGCGAUAGGCAGCUCGCCAAGUUCCUUGUUGGCUUGUACCUCGAGGACAAGCCGCAGACUGCUGGUACCGACAUCAUGAACAUCGAGGACCUCACGGCCUACAUCUCCUGGGCGCGCAACCAUAUCCACCCCGAGCUGACGCCCGAAGCGUCGAACGCGCUGGUCCAAGCAUACGUCGAGAUGCGCAAUGCUGGCGCCGACGCGCGCAGCAACGACCGCAGGAUCACGGCGACGACGAGGCAGCUCGAGAGUAUGAUUCGGCUCAGCGAGGCGCAUGCGAGGAUGCGUUACUCGGAGAAGGUCGAGGUCGAAGACGUGACCGAAGCGAACCGCUUGAUCCGCGAAGCGCUCAAGGAGUCGGCUACGGACCCCCUCACCGGCCUGAUCGACCUCGACCUCCUCGGCGGCCAGUCCACGCACCAGCGCAAGCUGCGCGGCGACCUGCGUCGCGAACUCGUCGUCCUCCUCUCUACGCCGACCGCCUCGUCCAAGGGCCUCAAGUACGCCGAUUUGGUCCGCCAGCUCGAGGCACAGAGUAGCGUCUCGAUUGAUGCGCAGGAGCUGAGCGAGGUGAUCAAGAGCUUGGAGAGUGAGGGCAGUGUGCGGGUGUCGGGCCAGGGGAACGCCAGGAUCGUCAAGCUCAUUGGCGGGGCGCAGCAGGUCGAGAUGUGA